AUGAUUUCAAAGUGGUCUUUAGAUACUAACCCAGAACAGAAGCAUGCCUUUAUGAUAAUAACAGAGCAUAUGAUGCAGAACAACCCUGAACAGAUGUUGAUGUUUAUUAUGGGCAUCAGGGGGUCCAGGAAAAGCCACCUCAUCAAAGCAAUUGUAGACACAUUUAUGCAACAAGGUCACACAUGGGAGAUUCUGUUGUGCACUCCAAUGGGUAGUGCUGCAUGCCUCAUCAAUGGUUUCAUGAUCCAUGCACUCACC